AUGUCUAAGUCCGAGUCUACGAACCAGCGGGAGAAAGGCAUUGACAGUGAGCUGGAAGAGGCCAACAUUGUCGACUGGGCGGCCCUAACGAUCCCAUCAAUCCCAAAAACUGGCCAAAGCACAGAAAAUGGACGCAUAUUGAAUAUGGCUCCGACAAUGUGCGCACCUGGAAUUAGUGGUAUCUCUGCAGACUUGGACAUUACUUCCAGCGCCGUCAGUACCCUUGCUAUUACUCUGUACGUGCUUGGAUUGGCUAUUGGGCCCAUGUUCAUGUCUCCCGUCAGCGAGGUGUACGGACGCGUGCCCGUAUACCAUGCUGCCAAUAUUAUUUUCGUCGCCAUGAUUAUUGGUAGUGCGCUGAGCUGGAAUCUUGCUCAAUUCCUAGUCUUCCGAUUCAUAUCGGGCUGUGCUGGCGGCACCCCAAUGGCUCUAGGCGGAGGGACUAUUGCAGACAUCACCACUAUAGAGCAAAGAGCAGUUGCGAUGGCGUUUUUUAGCAUGGGGCCACUUGCAGGACCGUCCGAUCUCGUUCAGGUCCUUGGUCCUGUUAUCGGAGGCUUCCUCGCUGCAAGCAAAGGCUGGCGCUGGACUUUCUGGUUGCUAGCCAUCUUGGGGGGAUUCUGUAGUGUUUCGGCUUUUGUUAUUAUGAGUGAAACACAUCCCAAGGUCAUCCUAGAGCGCAAAACUGCCAGUCUCCGCGCUGACAACGGAAACCAUCAUCUUCGCUCUAAGCUUGCCGGAAACCCUCUCUCCCCACAUCAGGUUGUCGUCCAGGUACUUAUUCGACCUACUGUGCUCCUGUUUCGGUCGCCUAUCCUCUUUGUCAUAUCCCUUUACGUGGCCUUGGUAUUUGGAGUGAUGUACCUGCUGUUUACCACAUUCACCAGCGUAUUCGAGGGCCAGUACGGAUUCAGCACUUCCGUGUCCGGGCUGGUGUACCUCGGUCCGGGGUUCUCCCUUGUCGCCAGCAUGCUCAUAUUCAACAUCCUGAAUAAUCACCUUCAGUCAGCGCAAUCGAAGGCCGAUGGGGUGCAACAGCACCGGCCAGAGAAUCGGCUACUUCCUAUGAUCUGGUUCAGUCCGCUUGUUAGCCUCGGCCUCUUCAUAUACGGUUGGACUGCUUACUAUAAGGUCCAUUGGAUGGUACCCAUCAUCGGUACUGCUUUUAUGGGCUUUGGAGCCUUUUUCGUUAUGAUGCCCGCGCAACUCUAUCUGAUCGACGUAUUUGGUUCCCAGGCUGCUGCCUCUGCGCUUGGCGCCAAUAAUCUCUUGCGUCACAUUUUCAGUACCUUUCUGCCGCUGGCGGGGCCAAGCAUGUACGAGGCUUUGAACUACGGCUGGGGAAAUACCCUGCUCGGAUUCCUUGCUCUUGCGUUUGUCCCCGGACCUCUUCUCUUCUACAGAUAUGGCGAACAUCUUCGUGCUAGAACAUCUGUCACACUUUGA